CAAAACGUGCCUUGGUAACGCACAAUAUCGCGAUUCGUCUAUUUCUGCAACCGUAUCAGGCAGUUGGACACGCACGACGAAUAAGUGCGGGUCACUGCAUUGACAGCCGUGGGUAAAAAAAACUAACCUCUACGAUUCGCGUUUAAUUCGCGCGCGUGCACGCCGAUUACGUUUUAUAAUUAAAUCCAGGUUCCUCUCGUUUUCGAGAGGGGCCCGUGGCAAUUUGGUUGCUGUCUAAAACACUGGACGUGGCUGUAAUUGGAAUGUCCACAUGAAGCUGAUGAAGUUUUUGCUUCGUUACUUUCCACCAGGCCUCGCCUUGGAGUAUACUCAAGGUGGAGAUAUCAAGACGAAAAUGAUCGAUCUUCUGGAUUUAUCUGCCGAAACGGACAUAAGAGCAUUAGCGGAGAGCAUAAAAGCGGCCGAGCCUGUAAUAACCGAAAGUGUAAUGGAGCAGUUAGUGGAGACCCUGCAGAAGCUGCAAGCCAAAGUUUGCGAUACAAACCCGAAGCGUUACUACAAAUACAAGACCUUGCAGACCCAUCUUCUGCCCCUCACGAAUAUUGCGUUCGAUAAACUAGGUAAAAGAUGCUUGACAGGCAGCUAUGACAGAACGUGUAAAGUUUGGGACAUUGACAGUGGAACGGAGCUUCUUACUCUCGAAGGCCAUAAGAAUGUGGUCUACACCGUGUCCUUCAACAACCCAAUUUCAGACAAAAUCGUAACGGGUUCCUUCGACAAAACUGCAAAAAUUUGGUGUUCUCGGACGGGUCACUGCACGGCAACUAUGAGGGGUCACAAUGCUGAAGUAGUUGUUGCCAAAUUCUCGCCAAUUUAUACAAAAAUUGCAACUGGAUCUUUAGAUAUGACGUCAAGAAUAUUUGACAUAACAACAGGUGAGGAAUUAGGGAUAUUGAGAGGUCACACUGCAGAAAUAAUCGCUUUACACUUCAACAACGAUGGAAAUCAAAUAAUAACGGGUUCUUUUGACGGCACUGUCAGUAUUUGGGAUGCGAGGAUUCUCACCCGCAUAUGCGUGUUAAUCGGUCAUCGAUCCGAAUUAUCGAACUGCAUUUACAAUUUCGAUUGCUCGUUGAUCGCCUCAUCGUCGAUGGAUAAAACGGCCAAAGUGUGGGACACGAAAAUGAACUCGUGUCUGGCCACAUUUCGAGGACACGACGACGAGGUCCUGGACCUGACCUUCGACAACAAUGGGAAAAAGUUGGCCACUGCGAGCAGCGACACCACAGCCAGAGUUUGGGAUGUGAGCACCAAUUUCAAGCAGCUGGCCUUGAUGAAAGGUCAUCGAGAAGAGGUUUCAAAAGUGUGUUUCAGCCCAAAUAGUCAACAUUUACUGACAUCAUCCUUGGAUAGAACGUCGAAAUUGUGGUCUUUGGAAAAUGGAUGCUGCAUACAGACAUUAGAUGGUCAUACAGACGACGUGUUCAGUUGUGCAUUUUCUUAUAAUGGCGAUACUAUUAUCACAGCGAGUAAAGAUAAUACUUGCAUGAUUUGGAGAUGACUCGAUUGG